GAGCUCAAAGAUCAAAGCGCCAAGAGUAAAACGCUAAUCUGGUUUUGUUUUCUAAGAAUGUUAUUGGAGAAAGUUGUAGCGCUUAUAGUAGGCGGUGCGUCUGGAAUUGGCCGAGCUACAGCUAUAAGACUCAUUCGAGCUGGCGCUAGGGCUGUAAUCGUGGACCUACCAAGCAGCGAAGGACAAAACACGGCACAGGAAUUCGGCAGCCAUUGCACAUUCAUUCCAGGACAUGUUGAUUCAGAGUCUGAGAUCAAAGCAGCUAUUAAAGUAGCAAAAGAGAAAUAUGGAUGUGUUAAUGCUUCCAUAAAUACUGCAGCACUGAAUACAAAAGAACUCACCCUCUCAGAGUCAGGAUGCCCACAUCCACUGGAGUUAUUUGAGGAAACAAUGAAGAUUAAUGCUGUUGGUACUUUCAACGUUGCUCGGCUUGUGGCAGAAUCAAUGGCAACUAAUACCCCUGACCAGGAAGGGGAACGAGGUGUCAUAGUAAAUGUCUCAAGCAUCCAUGGAACUGAGGGUCAGAGUGGCAAAGUGGCAUAUGCGGCAACAAAAGGAGCAAUAAACGCCAUGACGUUACCGAUGGCUAGGGAUCUGGCCAAAUUAGGAAUUAGAGUCAACACCAUAUCACCAGGUAUUUUUAAUACUCCAAUGUUUAUGGCAGGCAGAACUAAAGAAUCACGUGAAGCAAUUACUAAAAGUGUGCCAUUCCCAAGACGUACUGGAAAGCCUGAGGAAUUUGCCCAGCUGGUACAGGCUGUAAUUGAGAAUCCCAUGAUAAAUGGAGAGAUAAUAAGAAUUGAUGGGGCUUUGCGCUUUUAGAAUAUUCCAACUCCUGCUGUUAAAAGCUGAAUUACACUUUGGAGCCAGCAUGUUUGACUGUACAGAAUUCUUGAAAAUGUUUUAUCCUGGCUCUUGGUGCAUGUUGCCAGACCUAAGAUAAUACCCAAAGCUAAUAAGGGUAUCCUAAAGGGUUCCCUAGUAAAAUGGCCAGGAAAUAUGAUUUGUAAUGCACAACGUUGGACCCCUUACUCUUUAAGAAUUGCAGAGAACUACGCAAAUGCAGCAUACUCAAGAAAAAUGGGAAGGCAAAGCAGUAGAUGGAUACAAGGUCUGUUUUGUGGGACACCCGGCCUAGUACGGUUCGGUGGCAUGGUCGCCACAUACCAAGAGGGAUAUUAGCACGUUGGAAUCUGUCCAGCGUAGAGCCGCACGCUUUACCACAGGGGAUUACCAAGAAACAAGUAGCGUUACCCAAAUGAUUAAUGUGUUAGGCUGGCAGUCACUCCAACAUCGAAGAAUAGUUAGCGACCUCGCACUUUUUUAUAAGAUAAACUCCGGCCUCGUCAAAAUUGAUUUUCCGCCUGAUGUUUCACCUAAGCCUGCCGUCUACUUCACAAGAACCAGUGCCUGUAAUAGCUACCAAUUUUCACUCCUCCCAGCUAAAAUUAACGCUUUCCAGUUAUCCUUCUACUCGCGCACUAUUCCCGUCUGGAAUGCUCUACCGCAGGCAGUUUUUCCCUGUCUACCAUCUGCAGCCAACUUUGUAGCGGCCUUACCUAGUGAGCUAAUCCGAUGAUGGGCUUUCAUCGUGCUUUUCGUUUGUUUGCUAUUGCAUGUCACGUAAAGUUAUGCGCAUAGCAAGUAUUUUCAUUGUAUUAUCAUUGUUUUUGUACAUGUUGACGUCCGUUAUCGUCCUCACGCGCCAGCCUCCGCUGACCGCCAAUUGCCGGAUUAGCUCGCUAGUGGCAAUUACGUUAUUUAAAGUUAAAGUGUUCUAGGAAAAGUCCCACAGGAUAAAGCAUUCCAUGAUAAGAUGAUAAGUUAAAUGAUGUGUUUACAAAUUAAAUUGCGCAUUUUUUUAAAGAGCUGCAUACAUGGUUUAAAAUUCCACUGCCGGUUUAUUUAACAUAGCAGUUUUAGUAGAGCGUGAGGUGUGUGUGUGCGUAGGGGGAGCUCUAACAGUAUAUGGAUCAGGGAAGGGGCCAGUAAAAAGGCUCUCCAAAAAUACUACUCCAAAAAAAUCCUAGGCGCCAUCAGACCAAAACAUUUUUUGGCUACUUGUAUUCAUUCAACUUUACCCCUUCAACAAAAAACAACAUUUGCAUGAGAAGAUCGAUGACUAAAGCUUUAUAUCCAGAAUGGGUACCCUGUGUAUACCCAUCAAAUAAAAGACUGGGUACUGCCUUCCCCUCUCACAAGAUGGCGUCUAUCCCGUCUAUGCAGCGAUUCACGUGCCUAGUUACUGGUGGUGCUUCGGGUCUAGGGCGGGCCACAGCGGCAAGACUUGUGCGAAAUGGAGCACGGGUAGUUAUCGCUGAUCUUCCUUCCAGUGAUGGGAAUAACGUGGCAAAGGAACUUGG